GCCAAUGAAGUUGGUCAAAACACUCAACUUGGAAAAUUCAAGUUGCCAAUGAAGUUAGUCCAACGAUUGAUUCUUAAACAAUUUUAUAGAAAUGAUAACAUUUUUCUGAUAUGCAAUCUCCCAUUACAAGAAAAUGAUGUUAAAUUUGUACGUAGCUCUUAUUUUUCUGAUCAGAGUUGCCUCCGGAGCCACUACCGGCGGUUUUACCUUCAAUGGCAAUAUAGAACUGCAAGGAGUGGCAGAGGUCUCCACCAAUGGUCUUUUCAGGCUAACAAACACCACAGCUUAUGCAGUCGGCCACGUGUUUUAUGCUCAGCCACUCAUCUUCAAGAAUUCGUCAACCGGUAAAGCUUUAUCCUUCUCCACAACUUUUGUAAUAGCCAUAGUUGUGGAUAAGUCAAGCUUUAACGGCCAUGGAAUGGCGUUUGUGAUAGCUCCGUCGAAGAAUAUAUCUGGAGCGUCAGCUCAACAUCUGGGCUUGUUCAACAGUACAAAUGAUGGAGAUCCAAACAAUCAUAUAAUCGCCGUAGAGUUUGACAAUUUCCGAAACCAAGAGUUCCAUGAUAUUAAUGGUAACCAUGUCGGCAUCGACGUAAAUAGCUUAAGAUCAGUGAAAGCUGAACCUGCAGGCUAUUUCGUAGAUGAAACGGGCGAGUUCAAGAAUAUCAGUCUUGCUAGUGGCGAAAGAAUACAGGUUUGGGUAGAUUAUGAUGCUGCAAGAAACCAACUUAAUGUUAGUUUAUCUCCGAUUUUUGUUAGCAAGCCUAAUCUGCCACUUUUAUCUUUGGAUAUUGAUAUUUCUCCCAUAAUCUUAGACCAGAUGUAUGUUGGAUUUUCUUCUUCCACCGGCCGGCUAGUACAGUCUCAUUAUGUUCUCGGUUGGAGCUUUCAGGUAGCCGGAAAAGCUCAGCUUGAUCUUUCCAAACUUCCAUCGCUUUCUAGUGAAGAAGAACAGUCCAAAAGUAAUAAGAACAGGGAUUUGGCAAUCGGAUUAUCUGUCAGUGGAGUUGUAUUAUUAGCGGUAAUUAUAGUCUCUUUGAUUCUUGUUUUCAAGAAAAAGAAAGAAAAAGAUAAAUUCGACGAGGUUUUAGAAGAUUGGGAGGUUCAAUACGGACCUCAUAGAUUCGCAUACAAAGAUCUGUUUGCGGCCACCAAAGGUUUUACUGAGAAGGAGUUGCUUGGAAAAGGGGGUUUCGGCGAGGUUUAUCGAGGUGUUCUUCCCGUUUCGAAAAUCCAAGUUGCGGUGAAGAAAGUUUCUCAUAAUUCGAAGCAAGGAAUGAAAGAAUUUGUAGCUGAGAUCGCUACAAUUGGGCGCCUCCGACACCCGAACUUGGUUCGACUUCUUGGCUAUUGUCGCGGUAAAGGCGAGCUCAUUUUGGUCUAUGACUAUAUGCCUAAUGCCAGUCUUGAUAAGUUCAUAUAUAAGACAGAGGUAACUCUGAGUUGGAAUCAAAGAUUUAAAAUUAUUAAAGAUGUUGCUUCUGGAUUAGCUUAUCUUCAUGAAGAAUGGGUAGAAACUAUUGUUCACAGAGAUAUCAAACCGAGCAAUGUGCUAUUAGAUGGCGAAUUUAAUGGAAAACUUGGUGAUUUCGGGCUUGCAAGAAGCUGUAAACGUGCGCAGGAUCCUGAAACUACUCACCUAGCUGGAACAUUAGGAUACAUUGCACCAGAGCUGGCGAAAAAUGGCAAAGCAACCCCAAGCACAGAUAUUUAUGCAUACGGGGUCUUUUGCCUGGAGGUUGCUUGCGGUAGAAGGCCUGUUGAAUCUCGAGCAUCUCCGGAAGAGGCGAAUUUGGUGGAUUGGGUAUACAGGCGUUGGAAGGAAGGAAAGAUUUUAAGUACAGCGGAUUCUAAAUUGCAGAUGGAUUUCGAAGUCGAAGAGGUUGAACUUGUUUUGAAGCUUGGACUACUCUGCUCGCACCCUGUUGCAGAAGUUAGGCCAAGAAUAUCACAAGUUCUAUUGUAUCUUAAGGGUAUUGCUUCUAUCCCUGAAAAUUUUGAUUUUCAAAUUCCGGGACCGGAUCAGAAAGGACAGUCUUAUAAUCCUGCCAUUUUGGAUUACAGUAUAGCUUCAUUUACAGUCACUGAAUCUCUCAGAUCUGUUGGUCGAUGAAUAUAGCUAGUACCACUCCCUGUACUUGCAAGCUAAUUUAAAUGAAAUUAUAAUCAUAAAAUAUGUUAAAAUAAUUUUUUUACAAGCUGAUCAUAUGAACAGUUUUAUUUCCAA